CAUGGCCUGUCUUUGCAUGCAACCCUUCUCUGUGUUUCCCCAAUGAUAACUUCUCGAUUAAACAAAAACUCUUAUAAUCAUUCAUCAAGAAACUAAAAAAACAGAAUCUGUCUCCUCUUGGUUUCAAUAAUAUUGUCUCUCACCCCUUUGUUACAAAGAGAGAGAGAGAGAGAGAGAGAGAGAGAGAGAGAGAGAGAGAGUGUGUGUGUGUGUGUCUGCUAGACCUUGGUUUCUUGGGGGACACGGAACAGAAUAUAGGGUUCAACUCUGAUUCCUUGGAGGACAAGAAAUUGUCGCAGAAGAAGAGAAGAGGAUGUGGUUACCGAAGGCGAACGCGGCGAAGAAAGGGACGGGAAGUGGGUCGGUGGCAGUUGCAAUAGACAGAGACAAGAGUAGCCAACAUGCUUUGAAAUGGACCAUUGAGAAUCUUGCUUCUCGUGGCCAAACCAUCGCCCUUAUCCAUGUCCUCCCCAAAACCCAUUCUGCUUCAGGAAAUGGGGAUCUUGAAGAAGGAACACCACAGUAUAAGCAGCAAAUUGAAAAGCAAACGAGAGACCUCUUCGUAUCAUUCCACUGCUACUGCACUCGCAAAGAGAUUCACUGUCUGGACAUUGUGCUCCAUGACGCAGAUAGAGUGAAAGCAAUAGCUGAAUACGUUUUAUCGACUGCAAUCGAGAAUUUAGUCCUCGGCGCCCCGUCGAGGAACGGCUUCAUGAGACGGUUCAAGAACGACUUGCCAACGAGUGUUUCGAAAUCCGCCCCGGAUUUCUGCAGCGUUUACGUGAUUUCCAAAGGGAAAGUCUCCUUACGAGGCGCUACUCGUCCUGCUCCGUUCCAUUCCUCGUUACUUUGCGAAAUAGACAGUAACAACUCUACUGUCGCCGAGAAGAAAUCAAAGAGCGAAACGCAGCCUGUCGGUAGCACGCCUCCAAGGGCACGUAAAUCAGUUGAUUUAGAUGCCGCAGCACGGUUGCCAUUGGCGAAGAGGACAGGACAAGGAAGGAUUCUUACAGACUUUACAGAUUCAGACACAGACAUUUCCUUCAUCAGUGCCUCGCAUCCUGAAUCUGACAUCUCCUUCAUCAGCUCGGGGAGGCCCAGCGUCGAUCGUUCCUCUUUCACCAUUGAUUUACCCGAAUCAGGCAGAACCUCAAGAAUCUCGACCAGUUCCGAAUAUAGCAUCGGGUCUCAUCGUCUCGGGAUCAAGUUCAGCGAUCUUGGCUUGCUCAACGAGAUCUCUUCGGUUUCUGAAGAGAGCGAAAGAACGUCUUGCUCGUAUUCCUCACAGAGCUUUGACGAUGUCGAAGCUGAGAUGAGGAGACUGCGUCUGGAGCUGAAGCAAACCAUGGAUAUGUAUAGUACUGCUUGCAAAGAAGCUUUAAGCGCAAGGCAACAGGCGACGGAACUGCAAAGAUUGAGAAACCAAGAAGAGAGACGACUGGAGGAAGCGAAAAUGUCGGAGGAAUCUGUAAUGUCGAUUGUGGAAAAGGAGAGAGCGAAAACCAAAGCGGCCAUGGAAGCAGCUGAAGCGGCGAAGAGGCUGGCGGAAGUGGAGGCUAAGCGAAGGUUAACUGCGGAGAUGAAGACGUUGAAGGAAGCCGAGGAGAAAUCUGAUCACGGAUCAUUUCCUAAUGGCAUUGUACGGUACAGGAGGUAUACGGUGGAAGAGAUCGAAGAAGGGACGAAAAACUUUGCAGAGUCUCAGAAGGUCGGAGAAGGCGGAUACGGGCCAGUUUUCAAGGGCUAUCUCGAUCACACGCCGGUCGCUGUCAAGGUUUUACGCCCCGAUGCUGCUCAAGGGAGAUCACAGUUUCAGAAAGAGGUUGAUGUUCUUAGCUGCAUAAGGCAUCCAAACAUGGUGCUUCUCCUCGGAGCUUGUCCGGAAUUCGGGAUUCUCGUGUAUGAAUUCAUGGCGAAAGGAAGCUUAGAAGACCGGCUUUUCAGACGUGGCAAUACACCGCCUCUGACAUGGCAGCUUCGGUUCAGAAUCGCGGCUGAGAUGGCCACUGGCCUUCUCUUCCUCCACCAGACAAAACCAGAACCUAUUGUCCACAGAGACCUGAAACCCGGGAACAUACUUCUCGACCACAACUACGUCAGCAAGAUCAGCGACGUUGGGCUGGCCAGACUGGUCCCAGCCGUCGCGGAGAACGUGACACAAUACAGAGUUACCUCUGCAGCAGGGACUUUCUGUUACAUAGACCCGGAAUACCAGCAAACCGGGAUGCUAGGCGUGAAAUCAGACGUAUAUUCCUUCGGAAUCAUGCUUCUGCAGAUCUUGACGGCGAAACAGCCGAUGGGUUUGGCGUAUUACGUGGAGCAAGCGAUCGAAGAAGGGACAUUCAAGAACAUGCUCGACCCAAACGUACCAGACUGGCCAGUGGAGGAAGCUCUGUCUCUUGCAAAGCUGUCUCUUCGCUGCGCAGAGCUGAGGAGGAAAGACAGGCCUGAUCUUGCCAAGGAAGUGCUGCCUGAACUCAGCAGGCUUAGAGAUUUAGCGGAUGAGAGCUUGGAGAGUGCCUUUUACGUUGGACGUUCUCCACACACGAGCCAAGUUUCUUAUUCAUCGGAAAACAGGAGUGGUCAUGAUAUGUCAUUCCCGAGAACAUCAGGAACGAUGUCGAGCUCAUCAAUGGCGUCACUCGAGGCAGAGAAACCAUCUGGGCCAACAGAGGAAGAAGGAUGAUGUGGAUUUUGUUUUUGCAGAAAGAGGAGAACGCAGCUUGCUCGAGCUGAAAACCCAAACCGACAUUCCUUUUUUAUUCUUAUUGAAACUGUAAUGUCUUAAUUUUCUUUCUUUCUUUGGGUAAUUAUUGUAUUUAAAACUAUAUAUACACACACACAGUAAUAGAAUGAUGACAAACAGAAAACAGGAGAUACCCGUUUGAUGACUAGAAUCUUAUAUUUGAUUAUUAGUUUAUAUUCAAGAUAUCAUUUGAAACACUCUCCUGCAUGGUGUCACGUGCCAGCUGAGA